UUUCCUGCCUCCUUCCCUCCCCGUUUCUUCUUGUUUUCCCCUCUCCACGCGCCAUGCCCCGCUCGGACUCGCGGCGCCGGAGCCCGCGGCGCUCCGAGAGCCCCAGGAAUCGGCGCUCGGACUCCAGGCGCCGCCGCUCGCCGCCGCGACGCUCGCCGCCGCGACGCUCGCCGCCGCGACGCUCGCCGCCGCGACGCAGAUCUACGUCGAGGCGUGCCAGCAGAUCGAGGUCUGUGAAGCGCUCGCGGUCGGUGAAGCGCUCGCCUGUGAAGGUGACGCCGAAGCCGGACACUGGGACCGAGAUUCCCGACAACAUUGGCAAGGCAGAGGUGGUGGCAGGAAAGGCGAGGCCCAGUACCGGAGAGCCGACAUGGCGAGCAGAGAUUAUGAUGCCACAAGUGGGGCUUACGGAGAAGAGCGGGGGCUACAACUAUGGCGGCAAGGUGCGAACGAUGUGCAUCCGGGGGCCCCACCGAGUGGACAAGCAGCAGGCUGAGGAAGAUGCAGAGAAGCUGGAGGAAGGGGCUCGCAACGGUGACACUCGCUCGGUGAAGGCCAUCGCCAACGACAUGGUGCGCCACGGCCGACCGUGAGAGCGAAACUCGCACGAUCGGAUCGCGUGAAGGGCCCUGAGGCAUGGCAAGCCUUGGGCGACAGCGAGAAAAAGGGGGUUGCAC